CGCAGGCGCAGAGAGCGGCGGGCAGAAUGGGGACUGCGGCGGCGGCGGCCGGGGAGGGGGCGCGCGGCCCGAGCCCCGCCGCCGUGUCGCUCGGCCUGGGCGUGGCCGUGGUGUCGAGCCUGGUGAACGGGUCCACGUUCGUGCUGCAGAAGAAGGGCAUCGUGCGCGCCAAGCGGCGAGGCACCUCCUAUUUAACAGACGUGGUGUGGUGGGCAGGCACCAUCGCAAUGGCUGUCGGCCAGAUCGGGAACUUCCUGGCGUACACGGCGGUGCCCACGGUCCUGGUGACGCCCCUGGGUGCCCUCGGCGUGCCGUUCGGGUCCAUUUUGGCCUCGUACCUCCUGAAGGAGAAGCUCAACAUCCUGGGCAAGCUGGGGUGCCUGCUCAGCUGCGCGGGCUCCGUCGUGCUCAUCAUCCACUCCCCCAAGUCCGAGAGCGUGACCACGCAGGCCGAGCUGGAGGAGAAGCUCACCAACCCAGUGUUCGUGGGCUACCUGUGCAUCGUGCUGCUCACGCUGCUGCUGCUCAUCUUCUGGAUCGCGCCGGCCCACGGGCCCACCAACAUCAUGGUGUACAUCAGCAUCUGCUCGCUGCUGGGCAGCUUCACCGUGCCCUCCACCAAGGGCAUCGGGCUGGCCGCCCAGGACCUGCUGCACAGCAACCCAAGCAGCCGGCGCGCGCUGGGGCUGUGCCUGGUGCUGCUGGCCGUGCUGGGCUGCAGCAUCAUCGUGCAGUUCCGCUACAUCAACAAGGCGCUCGAGUGCUUCGACUCCUCCGUGUUCGGCGCCAUCUACUACGUGGUCUUCACCACGCUGGUCCUGCUGGCCUCCGCCAUCCUCUUCCGUGAGUGGAGCAACGUGGGGCUGGUGGACUCGCUGGGCAUGGCCUGCGGCUUCACCACCGUGUCCGUGGGCAUCGUGCUCAUCCAGGUGUUCAAGGAGUUCAACUUCAGCCUCGGAGAGGCCGGCAAGGCCAACCUGAAGGCGGACUAGGGGCGGGGCCGGUCCCGGGACCGACGGAGGCCUCGCCCUCCCCGGGCUCAUGCCCCUCUGAGAAGGGGUCACGCUGUCCCCGUUCCCGUCGCCCUCCUGGCGUCAUUUCUCGUGGAAAAGAGACGGGCUCCCUGCGGUCCGUCCGCCGGCGCAGGGGCCUCGCGGGGAGGGGGCGGCCGGCCCUGCCCGGAAGGCCCCCUCACCCGUGCGUGUCGGCCGUCUGUCCGCGUCUGCCUGCGUCCAGUCCUCUCCGCCGGCUCCCUCCCCGACGCCGGGACAUCUGUCCGUCCGUCCGUGGCCAGCCGCACAUGGAUUUCAGUGCCUUUUCCACUCGGACUGUUCUCACUGCGUCCGCCCGUGGCCGGCGUCUGCUGUCAUGCAGCCGUCAGGACAGGCGUGUGGGAAGGGACAGCGUCAGGACGGAAGACACGAGAGAGCUGGGCCCCGUGUGAACCUCGUCGUUGCCCCAGGAGGACGUGGCCAGAAGCAGGCGGCCGCUCGGAGUCCGCCUCUGUCCCCGCACAGCCUGCCGCUCGGAAGACGUGGCCUCUGACCCCCGAUCGCACGGCUGUCAGAAGGGAGGGCAUGGUCGGCGGCUGGCCUGUGCGUCCCCCGUGGUUCGGAAGGAGGCGGGGGCCCAUCGGGACGAGCACACACGCCGAGCUGCCCACGAGACGUGGGAGAGACAGGCCCGGCCUGCGCCUGGGACAGGCCACGCCGCCGUGCGCACGCCGAUCGCUGCCCUGUGCUUGGCGGCGACUUCCCGUGAGGCUCCUGUCACAGGAGGAGGCGGUUCAGGACAGCCAUCCCUGCGGCUUAUUUUAUUUUAUUUAUUUUUACUUUUUAAAUACGUGUUUUUAUUGAUUUUAAUGAGGAAGGGAGUGGGGGGGGGAGAAACAUCCACUGUGAGAGAGGACCGUGGAACGGCCGCCUCCUGCACGCCCCCUCCUGGGGACGGAGCCCGCAUCCUGGACACACGCCCUGACCGGGGGGAGCCGUGACCUCCUGGUUCCGGCUCGACGCGGGCGCUGGGCCGCACUGGCCUGGCCGUGGUCGCAUUUGCCUUCAUUUGCAGAAGCUCAUCCCAGCGCCCCGAUUGCUCUUUGUUCUUCCCUCUGGGUUUCCCAAUGGGAAGGGACCACCGGAGGGUGUGGUCGCCUCUGGUUCUCUCUCCACAGCCGAGCCCCCGUGGCGGUUCCUAGACCGGAGGCUGUGUCUCCGGGGAGGGCGACCCAUUGGCCCGUGGAGACGGGGUGAUCUCAUUGGGAGAGAAGCCUCUCGGCCCGCCGGCCGGCCUCUGCCCCCGGCUCCCUUUGCACACCGCCCGGUCCUGCCUGGGCCUCCUGUGGCCGAGUGGGGAGCCGGACAGGGAAGCACCUGCGCCCAGCCCCGCUCCCAGCUGCUUGGUGGGCUCCCGGGCUCUGGCCCCCCGCCCGCCAGCAGGACCGGCCGGAACCUGGCGUUCUGCCUUCUCAGGGACCACAUCACCCCGGGAACCCCUCUGCUCAGACGUGGGCCCGGGGUCGGACCCGAGUCGGAAAGGAGAGAGCGUUUGCCCACCAGACGUCAUGGGAACAGCACCUCCUCGCUGUCUGCACCCUCCGCCCAUCAGCCUCGGGGCGAACUCACACCUCCGUCUGGUGCGUGAACAGAUGAAGGAGGAUGGACACGGGGAGGAGGGCCUGGCCUCUCACCCACGUUUUCCCAUGCACAUGCCUCACGUGCUCCUCAACGCAACAGAAUAAUCCCAUUCUAAGGAGAUGUCGGCUUGUUCCAUCAGAAAACACUCCACCCAGCAGGAAAUGGACCCUCCAGGAGCACGGACGGUCACUCAGCACAUCUCCGCGGUGAGGGCCGCGCGGGUGCGAGGGCCAGAGCGUGGCCGGAGAGUCGAUGUUCUUUUCUCCCUCUUUCUCUGAAUCUCUCCGUUCGCAGGGAGUCCCUUUGCCUUUCUGUGCCUCCGUUUCUCUACCUCGAAAGGGGGGGGGGGGGUGGUUCCCGAGGUCCCACCUGUCUCGGGGCGCCUGCCUCCGUGGACGGUGAUGGUGGGGGGGGCCCUCCUGGCCUCCCGUCUGCUCAGGACCGUGCUGCUUCCAGCACCGACGAAGCCAAGGGUAGGCACUCGGGCGAGACGUUGGCAUUGUUCCCUGAAGCUUCCGUUCUCCCUUUUGUUUUAAAAAGCCAGGGUUUCCCGCAUCCCGCUGCCCCUGGGCGGGCGGAGGCUGGGCAGGAAGGGCCGGGCCAGGGGUGAGUUCCCUGCAGGGUCUGUGUAGGGGACUCGGCGGGAGGGGCGAUGGCUAGUGAUUUGCAAUAAAGGAGGCUGAGCCUCCUGCUCCCCAGCUGCCUCCCCUGACAGAACCACCGGCACAGGUGAGGGUCAGGAGCUCCCGAGCCACGAGUGGCAACUACUGGGUCACCUGCGAAAGGCAUGUCAUCUGUCAGAAUAGAAUAGCAGCCCCCCAACACACACACACGCUCACGCCACUGUUUCUGCACUUUGGGAACACUUAAGGCUACUGUUUUUAAGUAUCAUUCCUCAGUCUUUUUUUUUUUUUUUUUUUUUUUUUUUUUUUUUUUGCCUUUAAAUAGCCAUUCCUUCCCUGUGAAAUGGGAUAUAAUCAUGAAGGAGGGAGACACGGAGAUGGAAACCCGUACAGGUGGAUGGGCUGUGUCACAGGGUUUCUGUGUACAUGUGCCAGGGGCUUCCAGUUAUCACGCGUGCACAUUCACACACACACACACACAUACGUGUCCACGGCUAAGACCUGCUUCUGUCCCGCUGUCUAGCAGUAGUCCGAGCAUGUGAUUGAUUGCCUUAUGUACAUAAGAAGGCUAAUAAGUUUUCCAAUAUUUAUUAACCUGAGUGUGUUUUAAAAUAAAAUAGCAUUUCCAGCGG